AUGAGACCAAGCACACCCCUCACCACCCGCGCCACCCUCCUCGCCGCGACCAGCCUGUUCAGUCUGGCGGCUGGCGCGUCCAUUGACCCCAUCGUCAUCAGCGGCGCCAAGUUCUUCCAUCAGAACUCCGGAGACCAAUUCUUCAUCAAGGGCAUCGCAUAUGGAUCCGACUAUGUCGGCGUUGGAGCCGGCACCGAUACCAAGGGUGGCUUCACGGAUGUUCUGGCCAAUCCGGCCGGCUGCCAAAGAGACAUCCCAUACUUUCAAGAGCUGAACACCAAUCUCAUCCGAGUGUACGACAUUGAUUCCACCGCGAACCACGAUGAAUGCAUGAGCAUGCUCGCCAACGCCGGCAUCUACGUCCUCGCCGAUCUCUCCAACCCCGACACCUCCAUCACCUCAAACGACCCCGAAUGGACCGACACCCUGUACGCCUCCUACGCCGCCGUGGUGGAUGUCAUGGCGCAGUAUGACAACACCUUCGGCUUCUUCGCCGGCAACGAGGUCGCCACCCAGCCCAACAACACCGGCUCCGCCCCCUUCGUCAAGGCCGCGGUGCGCGACAUGAAGGCGUACAUCAAACAGCAAAACUACCGCUCCAUCGGCGUCGGCUAUGCCACCAAUGACAACACUUACAUUCGCGUGCUCCUGGCCGAUUACUUCAAUUGCGGCGACCAGACAGACGCCAUCGACUUUUGGGGAUACAACAUUUACGAGUGGUGUGGCCAGUCGACCUAUGCCACCUCCGGCUACCAGGCUCGUACUGAGGAGUUCAUGACCUAUUCCGUCCCCUCCUUCUUCGCCGAGUACGGAUGUAAUACCAUCGAGCCGCGCAUUUUCGAAGAGGUCGGCGCCUUAUACGGACCGAACAUGAGCCCCGUGUGGUCCGGUGGCGUCGUUUACGAGUACUUCCAGGCGGCCAACGAUUACGGCCUUGUCACUCUCGGCUCCAACAGCCAAAUCACCACGCUUCCCGGCUUCCAAAACUACAAGACGCAAAUCGCAAAGGUGUCGCCCAGCUCCGUCGCCAGCUCCGCCUACACCCCGUCCAACCAGCCGCAAGCCUGCCCGAGCUCCCAAAGCUACUUCCGCGCCCAGCCCACCCCUCUGCCCCCGACGCCCAACGAAGAGCUCUGCUCCUGCAUGUACUCUGCCCUGACCUGCGCCGUGAACCCCAGCACCAACGUGCAAGAGUACGCCGACGACUUCGGCUACAUCUGCCAGCACUCGCCAAACGCAUGUCUCGGCUUCCAGCACUCAUCCGGCACCGGCACCUACGGCGCAUACAGCAUGUGCAACGCCACGCAGCAGCUCGGCUGGGCCUUCAACUACUACUACUUCGUGAACGGCAAGGCCUCCACGGCGUGCGACUUCGGCGGGCACGGGCAGCUGCGGACGCCCGCGUCUCUGAGCAGCACGUGCAAGUCGCUGCUCGCCGAGGCCGGCGGUAAGGGCACCAACACCGUCACCUCCUCUCCUAGCGGGACGGGAGCGGGCGCUGCGGGCUCCGCUGGUUCGGCGUCGGGGUCGUCGGGUUCGUCGAGCGGCUCCACGAGCCAUGGAGCUGCGGGCUCGAUUGCCGUGAUGCGGUCAGAGAACGCGUUUGCAGCGAUGAUGUGCGUGGUCAUGUUGGCUAUGGUUUCCGGGUUCGCAGCUGUACUUUUGUAG